GACCCUAUCACAAUCCAACACUCGUGACUAACAUGGGAUUCAAGAGCAGGAAAAAAAGAAGAUUAAGAGGCAGAGAAGCAAUCUUCACCAACAGCACCAGCCUGCAGAAGAAGGACUAUCCCAUUCAGGCAGGUGUCCUGUGGCCUGACCCUACAAAAUGCCAAGAGACAAGGCUCACUUCACCUAUGGUUAUACCAUGAAGGGGCAUGGCCAUUCCUACAUCACAGCUGAAGAAGCUGCAGGGAUUGGCAUCCUGGCAGUGAUCCUGGGAAUUUUACUGCUCAUUGGCUGGUGGUAUUGUCAGAGACGAAGUGGAUACCUAACCUUGAAGGAUAAAAGCGUUCAUGAUGUUACUCGAAGUAUCUUAACAGGAAGAUGUCCAUGUGAGGGCGCUGGUCACCAGGACAGCAAACUGCCAUUUCAAGAGAUCAACUGUGAACCUAUGAUUCCCAAUGCUCCACCUGCUUAUGAGAAAGUAUUUGCAGAACAGUCACCACCACCUUAUUCACCGUGAGAGCCAACAAGGCCUCUGAGAAUGCUGAAACGAUUUCCUUCACAUUGUUGCUUGAAUUUAAUAUGGGUUUCUAAUCAUGUGCUUCAGAAUGCUGUAGAAAUACUAUAUAUUAUCUCUAGUAAUAAAUCUACUGUUAAGGUCUUAGCAGAGCAACUGAAAAUGCUAAUCAAGUAAGGAAUGAUGAGAAAUAGUCAAAAAAAAUCAAUAAAUGCUGCAAUACAUGAUAGUAUCUGUGCAUAUAGAAAUAUUAAUAAACCUAUGAUGUUAUUUUCCUCCCCUAUCACCACCACCAUCUCUUAUAUUCCCUUGUCCCUUUUUCUCUCUCUCCCUCUUAACCACAGAGCCCUCA